CAACGACACAGCUCUAGAGGACGCAAUCAGUAGCUAGUCACUCAACCAUGCCAUCCAUCCGCCCGCCCGCCCGCUCGUUGGUCUGUCUAGUGGCGUCGUGGUGGUGGUGGUGUCACUGGUAUGACGGUGAGUUGGCUCGAAGCAGCCCCUCGGCGGACAGCACCUGAGCCAUCAAUCCAUCCAUCCGACACACAAGGCGAGGUCAUGCAGAGUAGCGUAUGUGUGGGUCAGGUCUGUGUGUCUGGCUGGCUGGCUGGCUGGCGCUCUCACGCAACGCACCUUCGGGAAGUGCGGGAAGGACUCCUUGUCUUUGGGGACAGGGUGGCCAUCGCACACCUCAACCAGCUCGGCCCGAGAGCCUGACCACCACACAGCACAGACAGGCCAUCCCAAUCACUCACAUGUGAGACGAGACAUGUCUUAUCUGUCUGUCCCAUAUGAUGUGCUAUCCUGUAUGUGACUCACUUACCGUUCAUGGUGACUAGGUAGUCGGCCUUCCUGUUGUCCGCAUCCACGACGGUCGAUGCUGUGGAGAUGACCGACGAGCUCGACCGCGACUUCAGCAGCAGACCACCACUGCCACAGCCACCGCCCUCCUUCUCCCCGCCGCCAUAAGGCAUGGCAUAGCCCUUGAGGACGAUCGAUCUGCCGCUGGCGUCGUCGUCCAUGCCCUCGAACAUAAAGCGGUGCUCGAACCGCAGCACGAAGCUGUGGCCGUCGCGGGACACAUUGAGGGAGGUGGAGAACACCUGCUGGUGCCCGCUCUUGAGCUGCUCGAUGUCUGUGGCGGUCAGCUUGAGGUCCCGGAGGGCUGGAUGUGGGGCGGGGAGAGGGGACUGGGCGGGGGAGUCGACCUCGAUGGGAGACUCAGGCAGGGAGGGGCGCAUCGUCAGGGUGUCCACUGACAUACUGAUGUCUAGCGAGAGGCACUUCGAGAGGAAAUCAGUGAGGUGAUGUCCGAGGACGGCUGGCUAAG